UUUUAAGGUCAGAACCCCGAUUAGUUUACCCGGUUUUUCAUGGCCGUUCUGCAGAUUCGUAACAACAUUGUGUCUUUGAAAAGUCAUCAGAGUUGACUCAACUUCGUGAAUCGUAAAUUAGGUUUGUUGCUUGGGAACGACAAUCAAUACAAACAAUAGAAGUAACCAACCACAUAAUUCAUCUUGGGGAUUGACGGUUAUGAUCCAAUAAAAUGCAAACAAAUCUAUAUUUCGAUAUCGAAAGGACACAGUGGCCUAUAAUUUACAGAGAAGAAUAUAAUGUUCAUUUGUUCGGCCUUGAAAAUUACUUCCCAUUCGACACACACAAAUGGAAAAAUAUUUUCAAAAUUUUAGAGAAACAACAUUUAUUGAAUGAACGGACAAUAGUUAAACCUAAAGAAGCGACUAAAGAAGAUUUGAUGGUCACUCAUCCAAAAAGUUAUCUGAAGAAACUGAAGUUCAGUUUGUAUGUCGCCUUCAUUGAGGAGUACCUUCUUCUGUGCCUCUUACCGAAUUUCAUGAUCCAGAGAUACAUAUUGAAACCACUCAGGUUUCAAACAGGAGGAAGCAUUCUUGCCGGCAAAUUAGCCCUAGAAAGAGGCUGGUCCAUAAAUUUAGGCGGCGGUUUCCACCACUGCAGCGCCAGGAAAGGGGGUGGUUUUUGCAUAUACGCCGACAUAACCCUCCUCAUACACUUCCUCUUCAAAUACUACUCGGACAGAGUGAGAAAAAUAAUGAUAGUGGAUCUGGAUGCGCACCAAGGAAACGGACACGAGAGAGAUUUCAAAAACAAUCCGAACGUCUACAUCCUGGACGUUUUCAACAAAAACAUAUAUCCCAACGAUCACGAGGCCAAAAAAACUAUAAGAAGAAAGGUUGAACUUGAUUUCUAUACCCAUGAUAAUGAAUAUUUACCCUUGGUCAAAGGGAGUAUUAUAAUGGCACUUGAAGAAUUCGAUCCAGAUUUGAUAGUGUACAAUGCAGGUACUGAUAUUUUGGAGGGAGAUGCCUUAGGAGCUUUGUCAGUCAGUGCUGAGGGCAUUAUAUCGAGAGACGAAUUGGUCUUUCGUUAUGCGAGAGCCAGACAUAUCCCCAUUGUGAUGCUGACCAGUGGAGGCUACAAAAGACGAACGGCUGGAAUAAUAGCACGCUCCAUCAUCAAUUUGUACGAUAAAGGCCUGAUACGAGCUCCCUGAUGAGCUGAUGCACUUCAUUGUUAGACAUUGUUGUAAUUGUUAUCACGUUGACUUACUUCCAAGCGAAACGUUGAAAUUUAUGCCAAUAAAUGAUUAGUUCGAA